AAUGGAGUGGCGUCAACAUUUAGAUCCGAACUCCAGAUGAUUACAGGCCCAACUUUCACUACAGCAGAGUUUCUUCUUCGGCCCAGUUUUACGGCACUCUGCCUUCUCUGCGAACUUCUCCGUCCCGUUUCUUCGGCGAACUCCUCGCGAUCUCUUCUCGAAAUCGAGCUGGAUUUAGGGAUCCGAAAAUUUAAAGGAAAAUGGCAAGCACAGCAUGUUUUAUGAUUGUAAGCAGGAAUGAUAUCCCUAUCUACGAAGCUGAAGUUGGCACUGCGCCAAAGAAAGAAGAUGCUGCUCAUCAGCACCAGUUUAUAUUACAUGCAGCAUUGGAUAUUGUCCAGGACCUUGCAUGGACUACAAGUGCUAUGUUCUUGAAAUCAAUUGACAGAUUCAAUGAUUUGGUGGUUUCUGUUUACGUCACUGCUGGUCAUACGCGAUUGAUGCUGCUUCAUGACUCUCGCAAUGAUGAUGGGAUAAAAAGCUUCUUCCAGGAGGUCCAUGAACUAUAUAUAAAGAUACUUUUGAAUCCUCUGUAUUUGCCAGGAUCUCGCAUCACAUCCUCUCACUUUGAUACUAAAGUUAGAGCCCUUGCAAGAAAGUACCUCUGAGCCAAACUAUGGACCAAAGCUAAACAAGAAUCAUAUUGCAUUCAAAGUUCGUUCCUUGUAAAAUUGAUUCGCUAUUGAUGACUGGUUAUUGUGUUUGGAGUGAUCAUAUUUCUCAUGGUAAAUGAUAAGUUGACUACUGGACCUUCUCAUAUUAUAUAACCGCAACAAGUGGUGAUAAACUGAGCCUAGUUUGUAGGAGUAAUUGUUUUGUUAUAUCCUAGUCUACUACAAUGGAUCCAUUGCAUCUAUAUGCCAUGCUAUUGAGGCAAGUGAAGCAACUAACUAGCUCUUGGCUUUCGAAGACUUGUCAUUGGCCCCCUGGUUGUCGACGGUGGGACUUACCUUUUUUGCCAUUAAUAGCACUGCACAAUCCACAUGCAAAAACCUUAGGAGAUGGUGGCUCUGCUGUCGGGUUCACCCCUCCACCGCCGUUGAAUCCUCUCCUCCGUGUGGAUCCAAUGGUUGUUGAUGAAGUCUUCACCUGCAGCAUCAAUUCCUCUUUGGGUUUUCCUAGUCGUGUUUUGUUAGUUUCUUCUUUAUGUUUGACUGGGUGAUUGAUCAGUUCACCUGUUAAGUAUUUGUCGUCCCAUAUAAAUCCAGAUGAACCUUGUCUGCGGAAUGAAAUCGCUGAUCUUUGCAA